AUGUUGUUUCUAUAUCGUAUCCUAUAUUCAAUUUUUAUAAUCAAUUUAUUUGUUUCCUAUAACCCAACAUUAUGCGAAACAUACAAAUAUACUAGAGAAUAUCUUCUCAACAGCAAGCUUUUUAACCUUGAACCACCACAAACUGCCUUUUCUCUUGACAUUCAACCCAUUAGUUAUCCUGAUAAAUGCGAAUUAAUACAAUUACAUUCGGUUUCUAGACACGGAUCAAGAUAUCCAACUCCAGAAGAUAUCAUAGCUUUUGACGAAUUGGAAAAAAUAUUUGCUAAUGUUUCUUUUGCAAAAGAAUGGUAUAAAAAUCCUUUCCCCAUGAGGAAAAGUCAACAAUUGGUCAAACGAGGAGAAAUCGAACCUUAUUUUGAUGGUUUACAAUCUCGUAAGAGAUACACAAAAUUUUGGGAUGGAGUUGAAUAUGAUCCCGAAGUUAUAAAAUUUCAAAGCACUCAAACUCCAAGAACCGGUGCGUCGAUGAUGUCUUUUUCUCAAGGAUUAUUUAAUGGCAAGGGUCCUUUAGACACUUGCAAAAGCCAACCCAUAUAUUAUUGGAAUUUACCACAGGAACAAGAUGAUAUAUUAUCUAUGUAUCUCGCCUGUCGACGUUGGAACGAGACCGUUGUUGCAAGUAAUAAAUUACUUGAACAAAGCUAUGCUUACGGUAACACGACUCUAACCCAAAUUGCCAAGCGACUUUCCGAAAGAUAUCAUUUAAGUCCACAUCUUGAUCCACAUCUAGUACCAGAAAUUUUUCAAAAUUGCCGAUUUUGGCUCACGGUUUUUAAUCGAACCGACGCAUGGUGUUCACUAUUAAGUCCUAAAGAACUUUUACUAAUACGACAUCAUUACGAUAUAAUUUUUUAUUAUCAAUAUUCUUACGGUCAUCCUCUUAAUACACGACUGGGCUGUAGAUAUUUCACUCAGCUUGUGAAUGGAGUUGAAGAUUAUUUAAAUGGUAAUUCUAGUAUGAUUGCUGAUCUAAAAAAUGCUCAUA